AGCAGCUGCGCAAAAGCUCGAUAAUUACAAGUUUGACCCCCUUAAUUCGGGUGUAUCAUCUGUUAAUUAGUCAUGGCCGGACAGUCUGAAGGCAACCAAGCAGAGCUUUCAGCUGAAGCCAAUGUCCCAUGCAUGGCAUUUGUAGAGGUGUUAACCAUGAUGGGCAUCGACAAGAAGCUGGCUGAAAAGGCUGUUCAAACAACUCAUAAUGUUUCAGCAGAAGCUGCAGUAGCUUGGGUUUUUCAGAAUGCCGACAUGUCUGCAGGUGGACUCCUGGCAGAUGAUCCAAUGGACUUUGAUAAUGUCAAGAUGGUGUUUGCUGUCAAUACCUCCUUGAAGAUGGGAGUCGGUAAAGUAGCUGCUCAAGUAGGCCAUGCAUGCUUGGGUCUCCAUCGGAUACUUAUGCGGGAGCAGGAGCAGUAUGCAGAGCAGCUACUACAAUGGGAAGCAGUUGGAGAAGGGAAAAUUGUUUUGAAUGGGGAGUCAAAAGAGCGAUUGGAACAACUUCAGUCUCAGGCUGUUUCUCUUGGUCUUCCCAGCUAUCUGGUGCAAGAUGCGGGCAGAACGCAGAUUCCAGCAGGUUCCUGUACAGUCUUAUCAAUAUUUGGAUUGGCCAGCAAGGUGGAUCUCGUCACUGGCCAACUAAAGCUUCUAUGACGACGAUAUGCUUUAGAUGAUAAACAUAUUUAUUUGAAGCCAAAAAUAAACGGCACACAGCUAAAUGUACUGCUUGUUCGAUAUGCAGAAAGGUCUACAGCUUGCCAACGCUUGAAUAUGGUCUAGCAGUGAUGAUGUUGGCUGUCUGCUUCUGAUUAUUAUGGACUUUGCAAAUCAACAUAAACUCAGUGAUGGUGUUGUUUUGAAAGACACUGUAUUUGGCAUGUUGUCUCUUUCAUGGACAAUCACAGUGGAGGACACGUUUUACCUUGAUAUAUUCCACUUGUCCUAAUUCUAGAAUGCUGAUGCUGCUGAGCACUCUUGUUUCAUAUUAUACUAGUAUAUUCUUUAAAGGACAAGUC